CCACGUUCCCAAGGUUCUUCCUCAGGCAGUCCUCCGCGGAAGGCGUUCGGCGAGCGAUGGCGGCCACGCGUGUCCGACCCUGCGCCCGCGAGAUUUUCACGACACUGGAGUACGGACCGGUGCCGGAGAGCCACGCAUGCGCACUGGCCUGGCUGGAUACUCACAACCGCCUCUUGGGCCACUAUAUCAAUGGAACGUGGCUGAAGCCAGAACACAGGAAUCCAGUGCCUUGCCAGGAUCCUAUCACAGGAGAAACCCUGGCCAGCUGCCUGCCAGCGCAGGCUGAGGACAUCGCUGCAGCUGUGGAUGCAGCAAGGACAGCCUUUCAGACCUGGAGCCAACUGCCUGGAGCUGCUCGAGCCCAACACCUGACCCAGUUGGCCAAGAUUAUCCAGAAGCACCAGCAGUUGCUGUGGACUCUGGAGUCCCUGGUCACUGGGCGGGCUGUUCGAGAAGUUCGCGAUGGAGAUGUCCCACUGGCCCAGCAACUGCUCCAGUACCAUGCCGUCCAGGCCCAUGCCCAGGAGAAGGCACUGGCAGGCUGGGAGCCUAUGGGAGUCGUUGGCUUCAUCCUGCCAACUUCUUUCUCUCUCCUGGACAUGAUGUGGAGAGUCUGCCCUGCCCUGGCUGUGGGCUGCACUGUGGUGGUUCUUGUGCCCCCAGCCUUCCCAACGCCUCUCCUCCUGGCUCAGCUGGCAGGGGAGCUCGGCUCUUUCCCAGGGAUCCUCAAUGUGGUAUGUGGCCCUGCCUCGCUAGGGUCUGUUCUGGCCUCCCAACCUGGAGUCCAGAAGGUGGCCUUCUGCGGAGCUGUGGAGGAAGGACGCGCUCUGCGACGGAUCCUAGCAGGCAAGGGGCCCCAGCUGGGCCUGGCCCUUGGCACAGAGUCCCUGUUGCUGCUGCUGGACUCAGCAGACGUGGACUCGGCUGUGGAAGGUGUGGUGGAUGCCAUCUGGUCAGACCGCAGCCUGGGGGGGCUCAGGCUCCUCAUCCAGGAAUCUAUAUGGGAUGAAACUUUAAGACGACUCCAGGCUAGGAUGGCAAAGCUACGGAGUGGACGAGGACUGGAUGGGGCUGUAGACAUGGGGGCUCGAGGAACUGCUGCCCGAGACCUGGCCCAGAGCUUUGUGGAUGAAGCCCAAAGCCAGGGUGGACAGGUAUUCCAGGCUGGCGAUGUACCCUCCAAUAGCCCAUUCUUCUCUCCAGCCUUAGUGUCCGGCCUGCCUCCAGCUGCCCCGUGUACCCAGGCUGAGGUUCCGUGGCCUGUGGUUGUGGCUUCCCCUUUCCGCACAGCCAAGGAGGCACUAGCCCUGGCUAAUGGGACACCACGGGGAGGCAGUGCCAGCGUGUGGAGUGAGAGGCUAGGGCAGGCCCUGGAGCUGGGCUAUGGGCUCAAGAUGGGCAUCGUGUGGAUCAAUGCCCACGGCCUCCGAGACCCCGCGGUGCCCAUAGGCGGCUGCAAAGAGAGUGGAUCUUCCUGGCAUGGGGGCCCAGAUGGUCUGUUUGAGUAUCUGUGGCCGUUGGGGACACCUUCCUUGGAGCCCUUCCUUUGCGAGAGUCUCAACUAUGACACAUUUGGCCUUGCUGUGCCCUCCAAACUGCCAUCAGAGCCAGAAACAGAGCCCAGCCCAGCACUUGCCUAUGGGCUGUUCGUUGGGGGCCGUUUCCAGUCUCCUGGGGUCCGGCGCUCCAUACCCAUCCAGGAUUCUUCAGGCAAAGUCUAUAGCUGUGUGGCUGAGGGUGGAGCCAAGGAUGUCCAAGGUGCUAUAGAAGCUGCUCACCGGGCUGCUGCUGGCUGGGGGGCCCAGUCUCCAGUGGCCAGAGCAGUCCUGCUGUGUGCCCUGGCAGCUGCACUGGAGCGUAAGAAGCCAGCCUUGGCCUCCCAACUAGAGAGCCACGGAGCAGCACCUGCAGUCGCCAAGACUGAAGUAGAGCUGAGUGGGAGGCGACUCCAGAUCUGGAGCACGUGGGUUCAGGACCAAGGCCAGACACUUCAGGUAACAGGGUGGAGAGGCCCUGUGCUCCGGCUUCGAGAGCCACUGGGAGUGCUGGCUGUGGUAUGUCCAGAUGAGUGGCCUCUGCUGGCCUUUGUGUCACUGCUGGCCCCCGCCCUGGCCCACGGCAAUGCUGUGAUCUUAGUACCCAGUAGGGCUUGUCCUCUUCCAGCCCUGGAGCUCUGUCAGGAUAUAGCCACCCUGUUUCCUGCUGGCCUUGUGAAUGUACUGACAGGAGAUCAGGACCACCUGACACGCUGUCUGGCCUUACAUCAGGAAGUCCAGGCCCUGUGGUACUUCGGUUCUGCCCAGGGCUCCCAGUUUGUGGAAUGGGCCUCUGCAGGAAACCUCAAGUCUGUGUGGGUGAACAGGGGCUUCCCAAGGGCCUGGGAUAAGGAGGUCGAGGGGACAGGACCCGAACUGAGUCUGCGUGCAGCACGAACCAAGGCCCUAUGGCUGCCGAUGGGGGACUGAUGCCUGGAGCUACCCACUCUUGCAUGCCCAGAGAUAUCAGAUGCUUGGAAUUUUUCUCUCAAAUUUCCCAUGGUUUCCAAUAAACUGAGCAAUUUCUACUGC